AUGUUUUGUUAUGACAAACAUGGAAGACGAUUAAAUCCCGCACAAAGCAUAAAUUGUUUAAAUUUUUACGCAUUCUUCUUAACCAUUUGUUUAUAUCUACAGGCAGUUAAUUCCAACACAACAAAUAUGAAUAGACAUGGAGAUAGGAAUUUUAAUAUUAAUUUAAAUUUUAAUUCACAACAAAGCAAUUCACAUAAAGAAGAUUUUAAAAUACAUGACGAUACACGAACUGUUGAUAAAAAUGUUUUCGGAAAGUUCAAUCUUGAAAAAAAUCCUUAUUACAGUACCGAUGGUUUUGUGUCCAAUAAAUAUAGUACGGAAAAUAACGCUUACAGUAACUAUGAAGACUAUAAGCGAUAUUAUUUGAAUCCUUCAAAUCCAGUUCCAAGAUCAAGAGUGAAAUUUAAAAUAAGUAGUAAGAUAAUUCAGACUAAAUAUGGAAAAUUACAGGGCAUUGUGUUGGCAAUGGAUGAACAUAGAUAUUUAAGUCCCCUUGAAGUGUUUCUCGGUGUCCCUUAUGCUACACCGCCCGUUGGAUCCAACAGGUAA